GGGGCAGGCAGACUUUUCUGGUCCCCUCCCGGCAGAGUUGACAUGUCCUGGGCUCCAGGGAACGGGCAUUUCACGGACCUGGAGGGCUCGGGGCGUCCGGGGCCGGGGAGCACCUCGGGGUGGCCGCGGGGUGUGGGGAGUUGGGAGUGUGGUGCGUCCCUGGGAGUGCUCGGAAGCCGUCGGACCCCCGAGUUCUGGAUCCGCCGAAUCUGCCUGCGGCUCCUGGAGGGAAGACCGCGCCUGACUCUCUUCCCCUCUUGCAUCCCCGCAGUGGUGGGCACGGGCACCUCGCUGGCGCUGUCCUCCCUCCUGUCCCUGCUGCUCUUCGCUGGGAUGCAGAUGUACAGCCGCCAGCUGGCCUCCACCGAGUGGCUCACCAUCCAGGGGGGCCUGCUUGGCUCCGGCCUCUUCGUCUUCUCUCUCACUGCCUUCAAUAAUCUGGAGAAUCUUGUCUUUGGCAAAGGAUUCCAAGCAAAGAUCUUCCCUGAGAUUCUCCUCUGCCUCCUGCUGGCCCUCUUUGCAUCUGGCCUCAUCCACCGAGUCUGUGUCACCACAUGGUAUCUUCAUCUUCUCCAUGGUUGGUCUGUACUACAUCAACAAGAUCUCCUCCACCAUGUACCAGGCAACAGCUCCAGUCCUCAUACCAGCCAAGGUCACGGGCAAAGGCAAGAAGAGAAAUUAGCCCUGAAUGUUCAAUAAAGUUGAUUCUUUGUAA